GCUGGUUGUCGUGAGCUUGGUAAGCACGAAAGGCCGCAUCUGAAAAAACAAGAGAAAGCUCGGAAGGCUCUCUCCUCCUCCCCCCAAACCCCAGCCAUGGCCGACGCCGCCGACCCCGCCGCCGACCAAAACCCUAAGGACGCCGGGAGCCGCGUCCCCGAGCCCUGGGCUGGCGCCGAUGGAGAAUUCGCCGAGGAGGAGUACGAGUACGAGGACGAGGAGGAGCUGGACGAGCCGGCGGCCGCGGCCCUCCAGCGGGAAAAGGUGCAGUCCGUGUUCCGGCGGCUCUCCACGGACCCCGUGGGGAUCCGCGUCCACGACGUCAUCAUCAGGGGCAACGCCAAGACGCGGGACGAGCUCAUCGAGGCGGAGGUCGCCGACCUCCUCCGCUCCGCCACCACCGUGCAGGACCUGCUGAGCGCCGCCGCCGACGCCAGCGCGCGGCUCCGCGGGCUCGACGUGUUCGAGGCCGUCAACAUCACGCUCGAUUCCGGCCCGCCCGAGCUGCCCGGCACCACCAACGUCGUCAUCGAGGUCGUCGAGCCCGCCAUCCCCCUCAGCGGCAACGCCGGCGUCUACUCCAAGCCCGAGGCAAAAGCAUGGUCAGUGGAAGGGGCUGUUAAGUGGAAGAACUUGGCUGGCUAUGCAGACAUCUGGGAUGCUUCAGUUGCAUAUGGUUUCGACCAAACAACAGAGGUUGGCGUAGGAGUCUCGCUGCCAAGAUUUAAAUCAAUACCAACACCCUUGAUGGCUCGGGCUUCAUUGUUGUCACAAGAUUGGAUGAAGUUCUCAUCAUACAAGGAGCGUAUACUUGGUCUUUCAUUGGGCUUGCUUUCAACCAGGCACCACGAUUUAUCUUACAACCUUACAUGGCGUACCUUGACUGAUCCGUCACGCCUCGCGUCAACGUCCAUAAGAAGGCAGUUAGGGCAUAACCUUCUAUCUGCAUUGAAAUACACAUACAAGAUUGAUGAAAGGGAUUCACAUAUCAGGCCAACAAAAGGAUAUGCAUUUCUCUCAUCCUCUCAAGUUGGUGGUCUUUGGGAUAACAAAGGAUUGAAAUUUUUUCGCCAGGAGUUUGAUGUUCGUGCUGCCGUGCCUUUUGGAUUCUGGAACGUUGCUCUCAAUGUUGGUCUAGGAGCGGGUGUUGUUUUACCACUGGCAAGAGGAUUUAUGAAUUCGUCUACACCUGUGACUGAUAGAUUUAACCUGGGAGGUCACAAUUCUCCAGUUUGCAGCCUGGGUGGAAUAUCAUCCUUGCUCGGUUUCAGAACAAGAGGAGUUGGCCCAACAGAACCACGGAGGCUUGUCCCCGGCGAGUCGGAAGAUGGUUCUCCUGCUGUUCCAGGGAGGGAUUACUUGGGUGGCGAUCUUGCUGUUUCCGCCUUUGCUGACCUCUCCUUUGAUCUGCCUCUGAAGGUGCUUAGAGACGCUGGAAUACAUGGUCAUGCGUUUCUCACUGCUGGGAAUCUUGCGAAACUGUCGGAGGGCCAGUACAAGAACUUCUCGCUUGAUGAAUUCCGUCGUUCGUUUAGGAGCACUGCUGGGAUUGGCAUUAUUUUGCCAACUAAACUGUUCCGGGUCGAGGUGAACUACUGCUACAUUCUGAAGCAGUCUCAGCACGACAGCGGGAAGACGGGAAUCCAGUUCAGCUUCUCCUCGCCCUAGUAGAGACCUGCCGCCAAGUGUUUUGCCUCGUCGACCCCCUUCUGCUCUUUUCUUUCUCGACGAGUACCUGCUGGACAAGCGCAUUUGUGUUUUCAGCCUUGUUUUGGGCACCGAGGAGCCUGGAAUAUCUCACGUGCUGUUCGGCGUUUUUGCACAUCUUCCGGAAGGGUUCAGUUCGCUUCCCUUUUAACACUAGUGAUUGUCGUGGACAUGCCUGUGUAACUGAAAUACCGAUGCUGCGAUGGUGGAUAGAACAAUAAUUUAGGCGGACGAGAAAUAUUGGCGCUA